CCGAUGGAUGCUGCGUAAACAGCAACGGAAGCUAACAGCGAAGCUGCUUUUGAAGUUUGGAUGCCAACUUCGACUUUCGGUAUGAAAAGUGUGGCUCUGCAGAAUUGAAUGAGGUGCUGCCUUCAGCUUCUGCUGUUUUGUAAGCACUGCUGCCACCAGGAUGGGCCAGCAGAUCUCAGGUCAGGCGGUGAUGAACCAUCUGCCUGAGAAGCUGGUGAAACAUGCUGGGCUGGUACGUGAAAGUGGCUACCUAACCUAUGAGGAGUUUCUGGCGAGGGUGGCUGAACUGAAUGACGUAACUGCCAAGCUAGCUGCUGGACAGCAGAAACACCUGCUGUUUGAAGUGCAGCCAGGAUCUGAUGCCUCUGCCCUGUGGAAGGUGGCUGUGAGGAUCGUCUGCACCAAAAUCAACAAGGAGAAUGGUAUGGUGGAAGCAUCAAGGAUCAUGAACUUGUACCAGUUUAUCCAGCUGUACCGUGACAUCACCAGCCAGGCUGCCGAGGUGCUGUCUGCAGAGGGAGCCACCGAGGGCCCAUCUGCCCUGCUCCCCUCCACGGACUCCUGCCAGGCCAGCAUGUGGAUGGGGAGAGUGAAGCAGCUGACAGAUGAAGAAGAGUGCUGCAUCUGCAUGGAUGGGAAAGCUGACCUCAUCCUGCCCUGUGCACACAGCUUCUGUCAAAAAUGCAUUGAUAAAUGGAGCGGGCAGAGCCAAAACUGUCCAAUGUGUCGUCUGCAAGUAACCGCUGCCAAUGAAUCGUGGGUAAUGUCUGAUUUCCCUACAGAGCACGACAUAGCCGGCUACAUCCUCAACUUGGCUGAUGAGGCGGGCCACCCACACAGGCCUUAACAUGCUGAACACUGAGCCAAGCAGAUAGCAAAGAAAAUCAACCCACAUAAGCAGACUGUAAACGCUAAAAAACCAAGUAUCACUUUUACAAAAAAAUUCUCUUAAUUUUUUGUGUUCAUAAAAGCAAAAUGCAGAAGAAAGCAGCAGGUUUCUAUUUAUCUUCUCACUGAAGAUAAAUCCCUGCUUUUUUUUUUUUCUUUUUAAGUCCUAAAGAUGCCAGGAGACUCAUUGGAAUUAAAGUAUUGUAGAAGUGGUGUUUUUUUUUUUUUUUUUUUUUUUUUU